AUGGCUGCAUCUUCCUCAUCCUCUGAUUCUGAACGAUCUUCAUCCUCAUCUGACACAUGUACAGUUGGCACAACAAAUCAUUCUAUUAACAGUUAUUCUAGUUAUCAUAACAGUUAUUCUCAAAAUAGUAAAUGUUGUACGUCGUACGAUCGUUGUUGUACAAAUUUUACAUUUCUAAAAUGUUCUCAUUGUCAAUUUGAUUCAUGUCUUUCUCACCUUGUCGAUCAUUUGAAUCUACUCAAUUUACAAUUACAACAAACAACUGAACGAGUAAAUACAAUUCAAUUACCUCAACUAAUAAUUCAUGAUAAUCGUUUACAUUUACAAAAACAAUUGGACUAUUGGAAACAGAAUAUGUUAGAAAAAAUUGAGAAUAUUCAUCAUAAAAAAUCGAUAGAAAUUAGACAAUUAUACAUGGAAACAUUCCAAGAAUUUGAACAUCAAAAAAUCAGAUAUAUAAAUAAGAUUAAAUCUAUAUUACUGAAAGAAGAUCAACAUUCAAAACACGUUGAUAAAGAAUAUGAUGAAAUUAAAAUGUCUUUGUUGAUCAUUCAAAAUGCUAUUAACGAAUUGAAAAUUAGUUCAUGGCCACCAAUUAAUGGUGAUAUGGAUGUUAGUGAUGAUACACAUAGCACAAUAGUAAAUGGAAAUGAUGUUGAGGGACAACAUAUAGUUACAGUUCAAGGAUUAGAGCGAACAUUAAACUCGCCCUGUUUAAAAAGAAUAUUGAUGGACAAUGAAUGUUGCUAUUUUUGUGAUACAUCAAAUAAAUAUAUAUUAGUUUAUGAUGAAUUGAAAUUUAAAUUAAAGUUAUUUACAAAAGGAAGUGAUAUAAUUCAAAUUGAUUGGAAUAAAAAUUUAAACGGUGAAAUUGUUUGGACAUCUUGGUGUACAUUAUUAGAAGAAUUUUUUAUACUUUCAAAACAUUCCUUAUUUACAUUGAACUGUUCAUCUCUUACAUUUACACGAAUUCAUGAUAUUCAUCCUUUGAAUGAUAAAACUUUAUCAUGUAUUACUAAUUUUAAUGAUUCUCUCAUUGUUAGUCACGAGUAUGGGACAUAUAUUAGUCAUUAUUUAUUAUCAUCUCAAAAACCUCGAAUUAAACUUAUGAAAAAAUGGUUUAAAACUGAAAUGGAAUAUGAGAGAGAUGAUGACAUUAUGUCAUUACACUUAUCCACAAAUAAUUGUAUGGCAAUGAAUAUACAUUUAAAAUCCCAAGGACGAGAUAAACGAUUGAUCGAUUUUGUUAAUAUUCAAACAAUGGAACGAUUACGAAGAAUUAAUCCACCAGAAUUUAGCAUUUGGUUUCUAUUAGAUUUAUCGAAUCAACAAUGGUUAGCUCUUGAACUAAUGAAAGAAAAAAAUUUAUUUUUAUUAGAAUCCAAUGGUGAUUUAAAAAAAAUUAAUAUACGAAAUAAUAAUGUAAACAUUACAGGUGCCGCACGAAUAUUUGGUGGAGACUGUUUUGUUUUAGAAACAUGCGUCAAUGAUAGAGUACAGUUAGAAUUAUAUAAAACAUAUUUCUAA